GUUGUUUUUUCCAUCUUACUCCAUCUUUUUUUUUUUUCUGUACCAUGGCUGAUUUUAACGCUGUUGCUAAGGCCUUUGUAGAAUUCUAUUAUCAAACCUUUGAUACUAGUCGACAAAAUUUGACUAGUCUUUAUCGAAACAACUCCAUGUUGACUUUUGAAGGACAACAAUUCCAAGGUGCCGCAAAUAUUACUGAAAAGUUGGUGAGUCUUCCUUUCCAAAAAGUAGCUCAUAGAAUCUCCACUAUUGAUGCUCAACCUUCUGCUGCCGAUAAUUCCAUUCUUGUCAUUGUGUCUGGUCAACUUUUGAUUGAUGAAGAAUCCAAUCCUCAAAUGUUCAGUCAAACUUUCCUUUUGAUGCCUGAAGGUGGUUCUUUCUUUGUCUUCAAUGAUAUGUUCCGAUUGAUCUAUGGUGCUUAGAUCAAUUAUCUUAUUUUUUUUUAAUAUAGUGUCCCCCUUUUUUUUUUUUUGCCUUCAACAUUAUUUUAUAUCAUUUUUCCCACCUUAUCUUUUGUUUUUAUCCCAUCAGAAUAAAGGAUCCUAUUUAGGUGGUGUUACUAUUA